GGGGUAGAAAGAUUCUGAGUCACUCAUUUUUGCCUUUCUCUGGCUACGACGUCAUUAGCUGCUGCUAGCGAAAGAACAAGUCCCAGCUUCCCACUGGAGUGGAACACGUGGCGCCGCAGGGUGAGCGCAACCAACUACACCCGCGAUACGGCACUUGAAAUCGGUAGAAAUGGCACUGGAACAAACUAGCGCGUCACCGUCACGACGUGGAUUUGUGGCGUGUACAAAACAGCAAAAAAAACCAACGCACCAUACCCAUGAUGUUUGUUCAGGUGAUGUUCAAAUUCUUGGCUCAUUUUUCACGGCAAAACUCGUCGGAUGACGGAUUCUCGCAUUACCACUCAAGCGUAUCCGAGCCAGUGACCUCUUUUCCCUCGUCUAGUGCACACCGUGAUUCUCCCAUCCCGCUAAUAAUAAUGAUCCGUCGACGGGACGAUCGUUCGAGAACCAGUUGACCAGCGGAGUUCACGCAGUAGGCCAAAUCAAUUACGUCCACAGACCGACGGACGUCGCCUACUUUGCAGCUGCAUAAAAAUGGGUUAAGACGGUAGCAAACAAGGAGAACAAAACUUUCUCCACCCUACGCUACUCCCGGGAACAUGCCACGGAGGCACCCUCGGUACCCCGUUCAUACCACCGCUGCGAACCGUUCCACUCGGUUUCGGCAAGUUUGCAGAAACGCAUACACAUGCUCACGCCGAAACCCAGCGUUGUCCCGUUGCUACAACUGUACGGGAAAUCUUUGCAGUUCCGGAUGUUUCACACACGACGGGGAGAAUUAUAUAAUAAAUGUUACCGUCUGCUUGGCGUGAGCGAACAGUCCGACCAGAACACCGUACGGCAGGCUUAUUUAAAGCUGGUGAAGAAACUCCACCCGGACAGCGGCCACCCGGAGGCGAGCGCUGAACGUUUCCAGGAGGUCGACUCAGCUUUCCGCAUACUGCAGGAAAAGUUUGCCAAAGCGCGGCGCGGCAUCGUGGAAGAUCUGCAGCAGGAGGUGAAGGUGUACGACAUCAAGCACACUGCGCCGCAGCACCGCCAGUACCUCAGCUUCGAUGGUGUCGGUUACGGUACGCCGGCCCAGCGCCAAAAGCAGUACCAAACGGUGCGGGCAGCCAAAGCGCAGGAACGCGUCCUCGAACAUCGGCUCUCGAAAGCGCAAGCCUCCGAAACGGCACUCAUGAAGAAGGGUGACUAUUUUAAGAAGCAUGAAAUCAAAACGAAAUACGGCUACGAUCGGGUCGUGGAGGAUCUCAUCCAGGAAGCGAUAUCGCGGGGCGACUUUAGCAACCUUUCCGGCUUCGGCAAACCGCUGCCCGAUCAUCAGUCACAAAAUCCGUACGUUGAUUUUACCACGCACAAGAUGAACAAAAUAAUGCUCGACAACGGGUUUACGCCGGAGUGGAUAACGCUGCACAAAGACAUUCGGCAGGCGGUGGAAGCGCUCAAGGAAGAUCUGCGACGGGUGAGAGCAAAGCUUGGCCCCGUGCCGCUGAGCGGGCGCGAAGAGCAACAGUGGGAAAAAUGGAUCGAACAGCAGCAGGAGGAAGUGACCAAGAUUAACAAAAUGAUCGAUAAAUUUAAUCUGAUUGUGCCGAUGAUGAAUAAGCAAAUGGUUCGGUUGAAUCUCGAGCGAAUAGGGCACGAUGUGCUUGAACAAGGGAAACACCGUGUAGGGGAAAGUGAGCUGGAAGGCAGAAGGACCAAAGCUUCGGAUGCAGCUCAAAACGAUCCCACCGGCAGUAGUAGCAGGUCAAGUAUAUUAGGAUUUAUUGGUUCAUUGUUUAGUUGAACGUUCUUAAAGUAGGAAAGAUAAAAACGAAACCAGCGUAACAAAA